AAAGAAAAAAAAAAAAGGAAAAACGCCGGAGAUGGAGAAGAGUGGAAAAAAAGAAGGGAGGAGGAGGAGAAGAAGAGGAGGAAGGAUGGACGGGCAAUAUCGAGCGUGAAACAUUUCUAAGGGGUGUAUUUGUAUUUUUAUUUGUACAUAGAUUAUAAUCCUAUAAUAAAGAUCUCAGAGGGAAAUUUAUCUUGCAAAGCAAUACACGCAGUGAGCUAUUACAAGCCAUCCAUAUGUCAGCCUAUGCAACGACGCUGGAUUUGCACUAUUAAAUCCCUGCAAUUUGUGUGCAUGUAAACACCCACUACGAGGAAAUUAUCCUGAAGGACGUUUUAUUUUAUUUUAUUUUUUUUGCAACCGGGCCUGUCAACAUUUGUGAGUAAAUCAGUUUGCUUUUUAUUCUUCUCCAUCUAUAUUCUUCCUGAUGUGCCUUCAUCCCGUUUAUUUCUGCAGCCCUCUCACUGAGGACUUUUUGUUUGUUGUUGUUCAGUAGCUACAGAAGAUUUGUGUAGUUGUUUCACUAACUGUUAAACAUCCAACUUAGACACCAACAGGCUUCAUUAGGAGACACUGAUGCAUUCAUAUUUGAUCAUUUAUGCUUUUUUUUUUUUAAAUGUAUAGUAGUAUAUGACUGUAAUUCAGUUAAAAUGUCUGGAUCAAACUGUUUGACUUCUCUGAAAGGCCUUGUCCUUUAUCCAGUUUCUCUCCAAGUUAUAGCUUAGACAUGAUGGAGGUUCAGCCAGAAAGGAAAACAAAAAACAUUUACAUGCUUCCUGUCUAACAUUCAUUUUCAUUACAUAAGCAAUUAAAACAUAUAUAUCAUUUCAAUAUUUGGUAGGAAAUUAGCUUGGCUUUAAAUGAAUACAUGUCCUGUUGAAUAAAUGUGCUAUAAGUUAUUAUUAAUUGAAUCUUUUUUAAGUUUGUAUUUUCAGAUGAUCACAUUUCCUUAGAUUUCGCCCGCUUUCAGUUAGCAAUUUAUCCUGGACAGGGUUGCGGUGUAUCUGGAGGUGAUCCCAGCUACACUGGGUCGUGAGGAGGGAAUACAGCAUGGAUGGGAUGGGAUAUCAGUCCUUCACAAUGCACUAUAUACACACACACACACACACACACACACACACUUCGGUUCAGUUUUGCCUAGCAUGUUAGGAGGUGGGAGAAAAACAGAGAACCGAGAGGAAACCCACAUGGGCGUGAGGAGAACAUGCACAUAACCCCUUUAUAUACAGUAUCCCAUACUCAAGAUCAAGCCCAGGACACUGGAGCUGUCAAGUGACACUGGGGCUCUAAAGCCACCCAGGAUAACUUUCUACAAUUUCAUUCAGUGUUUUUUUUUUUUUUUUUAGCCUGAUAUUUAAGAUCGAGCCUCUCCAUUUCAUUAAAAUGAAUAUCACAUAACUGCAGAGUGGUUUCGGCAUUUCAACUUUUCGUAUUUUGAUUUAAGUGAGCAGUUUUCAGGAGGUAUUUCUGUCUUGUCUUUAUUCAAGCUAUGUCUCUGGAUACGCCAAUCUCCACAAAAUAUAUCAAAUCUGAUAAGAUACUGAUACAGCAUUUCAGGUUCAGGCCCUGAUCUUGAUACUUUAUAUAUAUAUAUAUAUAUAUAUGGACAUUUUUGCCACACAGGUGCAGUGUUACAUUUAUUCAGAGACACUGAGGACAUGUUUAAAGUUUAACAGUGUCCUCUGAUCCUCACUGCAGAGCCUCCCUCUGUUCCCACUGUCAGCCUGGAGUCAUCUCUCUCUCUCUCUCUCUCUCUCUCUCUCUCUCUAUCUAUCUAUCUAUCUAUCUAUCUCUUUCUCUUUCACUCCCUCUUCCUUCUUUCUUUCUUUCUUUCUUUCUUUCUUUCUUUCUUUCUUUCUUUCUCUCUCUCUCUCUCUCUCUUUCUCUCUCUCGUGCCACUUGCUCAUGAAAUGUUUAGCUAGUGCAAUAGUGACAGCAGAAACAUAUAUAUAUAAUAUUAUAUAAAUAUAAAUACACUAGAAAUGAGUCAAUGCCAAUGAUCUAUAAUGAGAGCUUAAUUGGAUGGACGAUGUUAGUUAUUUUAAUCCAGAUCUCUCUUUCGUCUUUUAUUAGAUGCAGAAAUGCUGCAGCUGUUGUUUCUUGUAAUUUCCAACGUGCUUCCCACACUUAUCGCAUCCAUGCAUAAUUCAACAACUGGAGGAUGCGCCAUCAUUCGCCCUCCCAGAGAUGGAGGGAUUCGUUACAGGGGACUGACUCAGGAGCAGAUACGCAGUGUGCAGAUUUUGCCUGUAGACUAUGAGAUCGAAUACAUCUGCCGAGGGAACAGGGUGAUUGUGGGGCCGAAGGUGCGGAAGUGUCUCCCUGAUGGCACAUGGACAGAUAUGGAUCAGCAUAGCAGAUGCUAUGACAUAAAUUAUACAGGGAAGAAGAAGCUGUACAUCGGCGCGCUGUUCCCCAUGAGCGGAGGAUGGCCUGGGGGACAAGCAUGUCUGCCUGCUGCACAGAUGGCUCUGGAGCUCGUCAACAACCGCACUGACAUCCUGCCCGACUACGAACUCGAGCUCAUCUAUUACGACAGCAUGUGUGACCCCGGGGAAGCCACGAAGCUCCUGUAUGACCUCCUCUACACAGAGCCGAUAAAAAUCGUCCUGAUGCCCGGAUGCAGCUCUGUUUCUACACUAGUGGCUGAAGCAGCUCGCAUGUGGAACCUCAUAGUGUUCUCCUAUGGCUCCAGCUCUCCAGCACUGUCCAACAGGCAGCGGUUCCCGACAUUCUUCCGCACACAUCCCUCUGCGACGCUGCAUAACCCAACACGCGUGCGCCUCUUCCAGAAGUGGAAUUGGAACAAGAUCGCCACCAUCCAGCAAACAACAGAAGUCUUCACUUCGACACUGGAUGAUCUGGAGCAGCGGGUGAAGGAAGCUGGAAUAGAGAUAAGCGUGAGACAGAGUUUCCUCACUGAUCCCGCCGUGGCUGUCAAGAACUUGAAGCGUCAAGAUGCCAGGAUCAUUGUUGGCCUUUUCUAUGAGACCGAAGCAAGAAAAGUCUUUUGUGAGGUGUAUAAGGAGAAACUCUAUGGAAAGAAGUAUGUCUGGUUUCUUAUUGGCUGGUAUGCAGACAACUGGUUUAAAAUCAAAGACCCAGCCAUUAACUGUACUAUGGAGCAGAUGACAGAAGCUGUAGAGGGACAUGUCACUACAGAGAUCGUCAUGCUGAAUCCUGAGACUGUCCGUGGUGCUUCCAACCUGACUUCCCAGGAGUUUCUGGCUCAGCUCAUGUCUCGUCUCGGUGGGAAGAACCCUGAGGAGACAGGGGGUUUUCAAGAGGCUCCCUUGGCAUAUGAUGCAGUGUGGGCUCUCGCUUUGGCUCUUAAUAAGACGGUUGCACCGCUACGAGCUAAAGGAAGAAGACUGGAGGACUUUAAUUACAACAACCAGGACAUCACAGCUGAGAUAUAUCGAGCUCUUAAUACCAGCUCAUUUGAAGGAGUCUCAGGCCAUGUAGUCUUCGAUGCUCAGGGAUCCCGAAUGGCUUGGACACUAAUAGAACAACUGCAAGGUGGGAGUUACAAGAAGAUUGGAUACUAUGACAGCACAAAAGGCAAUCUUUCGUGGUACGGAAAUGACAAGUGGAUAGGCGGAGACCCUCCAAGAGAUCAGACAGUGGUGUUAGAAGAGGUUCGCUUCCUUUCCCAGAAGCUGUUUGUUUCUGUAUCUGUGUUUGCUGGCUUGGGAAUCAUCCUGGGUAUCGUUUGUCUCACAUUCAACAUCUACAACAGCAACAUCCGGUACAUCCAGAACUCUCAGCCGUACCUGAAUAACAUUACAGCCGUGGGUUGUGUACUUGCCCUGGCUGCUGUUUUUCCACUGGGCAUAGACGGGCUUCAUGUACACAGAUCUCGGUUUCCUGUAGUGUGUCAGUUCCGCCUGUGGCUGCUGGGGCUGGGGUUCAGCUUGGCUUACGGCAGCAUGUUCACUAAGAUUUGGUGGGUUCAUACAGUGUUCACUAAGAAGGAUGAGAAAAAAGAGAAGAGGAAGCAUCUGGAACCCUGGAAGCUCUAUGCAACAGUAGGAGUUUUACUGGCCAUUGAUGUCCUGUCUCUGAUGAUCUGGCAGAUUGUUGACCCUCUGCGUCUUACUUUAGAGACGUUCACUAAAGAAGAUCCUAAAGGAGAUCUGGAUUUUUUGAUUCAGCCUGUACUGGAGCACUGUAGCUCAGAGAAGAUGAACACAUGGCUCGGAGUGGUGUAUGGCUAUAAGGGACUGCUUCUGCUGCUGGGCAUCUUCCUAGCCUAUGAGACCAAAUCCAUCUCUACUGAGAAGAUUAAUGACCACCGAGCUGUUGGCAUGGCUAUCUACAACGUGGCUGUUCUAUGUAUGAUCACAGCUCCUGUGACGAUGAUUCUCUCCUCUCAGCAGGAUGCCUCUUUUGCCUUUGCCUCUCUGGCUAUAGUGUUCUCGGUCUACAUCACUUUGGUGGUGCUGUUUGUGCCCAAGAUGCGGCGAUUGAUCAUGCGUGGGGAGUGGCAGUCUGAGCAGCAGGACACUCUGAAGACGGGAUCGUCUACCAAUAACAAUGAUGAAGAGAAAUCCCGACAGCUCGAGAGAGAGAAUCGAGAACUCCAGAAGAUCAUUCAAGAGGCAUAGGAACGUGUAACAGAACUACGAAACCAAUUAGCAGAACGUCAGGCUCUCCGAGCUCGGAAACCAGCAUCUUGUCAGAACCAAAACCAAAACCACAGCGUUCCCCCUCUGGCUUCAUCUGAGCCUCCUGGCUACUCGCCUGGCACAGAGCAACACUCUGUGCCCCCAUCUUUCUCCAACAACUCCAGUCUCUACCAGGGAGAAGGGAAGCUCAGCCGGAAUCACUGCCACAACAGCCGACUGCCUCUUCUCUACAAAUGACCUGGGCAGAACGGGAGAUAAACAGGCUGUGCAUAGAUGAGUUAGCACAGUGAGUUAACACAGUGUAGUUCAACACCUUUGGUUUUAACUCUUAAUCUUUCACUCCAGCCUUUUUUGUUUUUUAGUAAAGUCUACCAAUAUGUGCUUAAGUAUAGUGCUGUUCCAUCUUAUGUGUCACCACCAUAUCAAAAUUAAUCUCAAUAUUCUACUGUGUAUCGAUGUAAUAUUAUAUGGAGUUUGUAUUGUUUUACAAUUUACAACUUUUGCUGUACCUACAUGUGUCAAGAAAGCACAAAUACUAAGUAGCCUUUGGUAAACAGCUACAUAGAACAGGAGAGUUCUCUGAAGUGAAUGUCAGUGAUAUAGAAAUUGGAACAAAUGUUUAUUUUUGCAUUUGUUCAAAUGCAUAUUCAAGAAGUGAAACAUGAUUCUCAAUACAAAAUGUCACUCUUUCCUCCUUCCAUUUAAUCCUUUAUUGGGGGAAUCCCUGGGGGGAAUAAGAGCAUUAUCCAGUUGGCAGGGGAGGGCCCAUGUUUGCAGAAGUGAAAUUGAUAUUUAAAGCACUCCAGUGAGUUUUUGUAUAAAAAAAAAAAGCCAAGCCCAUCAUUUACUGCAAAAAAAAAAACUUUGCGUGACUGUUCCAUUGCUUCCUGAAAUGUCUAAGUCUUCCAAUUAUUCUUCUCUAUAGACAUACAAUAAACAAACUUUUCAUACUGAGUCUGCUUUUUAGGAAUGAUAAGAGGGAAGUGAGCAGACAGGGUGUAUGUUUAGGGUCAGCUAGUUUGGGCGAGUCCAUCCCCUAAACCAGAUUUCUUUUAAAGCGUCAGUCCAUAUUUUAACCUGCUUUCUAAAAUUCACAUAAGCAAGGAUUAGAAGAAAAACGUCUAAAAGGAGUUUUGUUGUCCUUUAUGUUUUAUUUUGAGCAGUAAGGUGUAAACCCUUUUGUAUGUUUUCUCAUUCCAGCACACUUGGUCUAGUAAGUUGGUCUGUGUUGUUAUAUAUAUAUAUAUAUAUAUAUAUUCAUCGUGUUUUAUUUUUACAGAGUUGUGGUCAACUUUUACGACUCGCAAAGGCACACCUGUAGGACUAAAUCAUGUACUACAAGCGUUUUCCGCACAUAAUGAGAGCACAGUGCACAACUAAUGGUGAAAUUGUUCCACUUAUAUCUAUUUUUCUGAAGUUCAAUGUUGCCAUAAAUAAAAAAUCCAGUUCAUUUUAGAUAUAGCACAAAACAAUAAGCCUUACCCAAACCCUUUACUCUGCACUUUUAGCAUAGAUACAGUAUGUCUGUGUCUGCAAGGUAGUGUUAUUCAAAGAGAAAAUAUAAAUAAUUCGCUUAGUUCGGAAUGAUAUUCAGAAAGAAUAUUACAUCUUGUGCAAUAUUUCAUUAAUCAACCUUUGUGUCUUUUCCAUAACACAAUACUGAGCUUUAUGUUUGCACAGUGCUGUUGACCAUUUCUCAUGCUUUGGGUUGUUCAUGUGUUACAUUACUGUUGUAUUGUUGGAAGCUCACUCAGAAAAUAUGUCAAGUUUCUUUGUAUAAAUGCUUAGCUGAACGUAUUUAAACAUAGCACGACAUAGCAAAUGUUCCUACAGCAUGUAAACAUUAUAUUCAUUAAUUUAGCUCAGGGUAUGUAAUUAUACUAUCACUUUAUAUAUGUAUAUAUGUAUAUAUAUAUAUAUAUAUAUAUAUAUAUAUAUAUAUAUA